CAUAUUUUCGCAUGCAUGGAAUGUCUAUUCAAUAACUAAUUCGCAGCAUGUGGGGGGUGUGGUUGGGGGAUGCAAUUAGGUCCCAGUCAUUAUGCAGCCAAAUCCCGAAUUGCCACGCGCCGCUUCACCGACAUUCCCGACGUCGGCAAUCGAGUAAAUAAAACGGGCAACAUUCGCGCCGGAACAGUAUCCCCGACAUAAACCAAGAUUGAAGGCCCAAGUCAAUCUCCCGUUCAGUUAGGAGCAGUACUUGGCGGCGCUGUUUGGAUGGAUCCGCCGAGUGGUUUUCGUGUCAAGCGGAAGGCGAUCCCGGACUCGGCAUCGUCGGAGCAAUUCAACGAUGGAGAUCUGCCCCCCGGGCCCCGGAUAUUUCCAGAGCGUAGGGCUCGGUCCGCCGGGCCAAGCUCUAGAGAUAGGCUCGCACUCCCGGGAGACGAGGAAAACCCACCGCCGCUUCCACCAAGAAGUCGAAGUCCACACAUCGUCAACGGCAGCGCCGCCACACUGUCACCCCCCAGCUAUUACCCUCCCGGGCUUCGAAGGGUCGGAAGUGCGGCCACAAUCGGCGCAAUAGAGACCCAUUCAUCAACAGCAACAACCACAGGGUACCCGGACCCCCCGCCCCCCUACUCAUCAGCCCUCGCCCCCAGGCCAAGCCUACCCACCACCCCAUCCUUCACGCAAACAGCCCUCUCCACAGCCCGCGACCUCGCCGCCCGCCUCAAGCCCCUCCCAACCACCACAACGAAGCACCACACCGUAGCCCUCCACACCCCACCGCUAGUCCUCUACCGCGGGCCCGCCACAAGCAUCACCCUCACAAUCUUCACCUCCCCCUCCCGCCCCCUCCCCGCGACCCGCACCCUCCGCCUCCAGCGCCGUGGCCUAUCCGGCGAUACCGGCGCCCGCCUCAAGGCCCUCGUCGGCUCCUCCUCCUCCUGGUCUGACGUAACCCCCACCCGCCGCGCCAACCCCCAGGACGUAGACCCCACCCUCGAGCGCUCCUGGACCCGCGACAUCGCCCGCGUCGCCGCCCGACUCGCGCGCUCCGGCGGCACCGCGGCGACGCACGCGCCGCGGGAGACGCACGUGAUCCGCAUCCCCGCCGCGGCGGGGGACGGGUACUUCCGGGUAGUGGUUUGUGCUGGCCCCGGAGCGAAGCAGCCGCUGUGCUCGAGCCCCGUGUUCCGCGUGGCCAGCACGUCGGCGGACGCGAGCGUCCUGCGGGGCGCGAGCCUCGCGACGCUGCCGCUCGAGGUGGGCGUCAAGGUCGCGUCGGCGGUGGCGAACGGGUUCGUCGGCAGGGCCGUCGCGCCCGUGGCGGGGACGGCGCGGGCGGUGGCGGCGGCCGGAGGGGUGCAGAGGUAUCGGCCUGGGCUGGACGCGGCGCGCGUGGCGUAUGACUCGUCUGGGUUGGGGGAGAGGGUCGGGGCGAUGGAGGGGAGGUAUGCCCCCGUGGGGGAGGGCGCCGCGGAUGAGGAGUUGGAUGUCGUGGGGCCUGAUGAGGGCCCGGUGAAGCCAUUUCCUUUGAAGUUCCAGGGGAGAGUUGUUCGCGGGACGGGGAACGGGAGGGGGCAGUUGGGUGUCCCCACGGCGAAUCUUGACGAUGUGCCUGACGAUAUCAAGCUCCGCCUGAAGGGCGUGUACUUUGGGUGGGCAUGCAUACUUCCCAGGCCCGGGCUUGAGGGUAUCUCUCAUGACUGGCACGAGGCGAUGAUCUCUGCCGGACCAUCCCCGUAUGCGUCCGCGACGGUGCUGGCCAGGACUACAGUCACUGUACACAUGAUUUACGAUUUCGAGGAACAGUUCUACGACGCGAAGAUGCAGGUCAUCGUGAUGGGGUAUCUGCGGCCCAACAAACCGCCACACACUCCAUUGGACGAAGCGCUGGACGCUGUGUCCCAGGACGUGUGGCUCACGAUGGCGAGCCUUAGUCGUGAGAACUGGGGGCCGCAGAUGACGCUGGACAGGAUCAAGACAGCUAAGACUGCGCGGACCUUCUCGGACAAAUAUGUCGAUGCGAGGGAAAAGGUCCAGCGGCAGGUGGAUAGGAUACCGGCACACUGGGCUGGCAUUCGCACCGCUGGGGCAGCGCUACGUGAUGAGGCACAUGGCAGCGGAGGAUAUUGGAUCGCGAGGUAGGCUGCAUGGCCUCUGGGUGGGAUGGAGCGGGACGGGGGGGCCAAGGCGUGAAGAGUGGGGAGUGCCAAGAGUGAAGAGACAGCUGCCUGGCUUCAUGAUUGGGGGCCAAAGUCUCACAUACGGAGUACCGCCCAAGCAAUGCAGAGGGCAUGCACCCCUGGGUAUGGCGCAACUCCACCGCAAAUG